AUGCCACGUCUCGGAAAAUAUAAUAAAAUUUCUCCUAACGACAGAGCCAGGGUUUUGAAAGCCUAUGAAGAUGGAAAAGUUUGGCAAGAAUGUGCAGAUGCUUUGGGUAUAAGCGUACGUACUCCAUAUGAAUGGAUAAAAAAGGAUCAGGAAGAGAACGCCGAAAUCGAGUCUACAUUAGUAGAGUAUGGGUUGAAGAAAACGCUACCAUAA